CUUGAAUUUUAACUGUUAUUUUAACUGUUUACCAUAAAACUUUUGGUUUCAUUUUAGCGCGUUUUUUGUUUUCUUUGAUGCCCACAGCUUAUCCUCAGAUAUAUAAUGGUUUAAGGGAGUGGCAAAUGAAGUGGUGUUAUGAUCCUGAUAAUAAUAUUCCACCAGAUAGAACUUCAGGAUUUCUCUAGUUGAUGUCUAUGUAUGUUGAAAGAAAUUUGGUAUAAGAAGAUUCAUUGAUUAUCUAGUUCUGAUGAUUUGGCUUUGUAACCAGAGGGUCCUUGUUCCGAACCUUCAUUCCAUGGUAGAGCUGCUGUAUAAGCAGAUCUUUUACAAGCUAAGACAACAAGGCCGAAUCUUCUCUUGUUGGUGUCUUCUGUGAUGUGAAAGUACGUGAAGAGGAUAUUAGUUCACACAUCACCCUAAUUAUGAUCUUGUUUCAAAAUUACUAGCCGAACAGAAGAUGAAAAGCUGCUGAGCCUAGGAUCUUACUAGCAACCAUCAAAUCAUUGCUGUUCACUUGCAAUCCCAUGGACAGAAAACCAGUACUUUGAAAUUAAAUAAAGAUGGCGAGAUUAGUGACUUAUCAAAAUGAACGUCAUUGUGACUGGUGCAUCAGGUCUUCUAGGACGUGCUGUAGUUACGGAAUUUACAAGAAAUUCAUGGAAAGUCUUGGGUCUUGCUCUAACUAGAGCAAGAAAUGAUUUAAUGCAAAUCGAUCUAACUAAUAUCCAUGCCAUUUCUGCCAUUGUUAGAGAAUUCAAGCCUCAUGCUAUAAUCCAUUGUGCUGCUGAGAAAUCGCCUGACAAAACUCAAAUGGAUCCAGAUUCCUAUUAUCCAUUAAAUGUUACAGUUCCAGGAGAUCUUGCUAAGCUGGCCGCUGAAGUGAAGGCUGUUUAUGUGUUUAUAAGUACUGAUUAUGUAUUUAGUGGUGACAACCCCCCAUAUGCUGAAGAUCGGAGUCCUGAUCCUUUGAAUAUAUGUGGAAUUUUUAAAGUUGAAGCUGAACGAAUUAUUACUGAGAUCAAUCCAGAUAGCUGUAUUUUACGUAUUCCUAUGAUAUAUGGGGGUGAAGAGACUGUUGAAGAAAGUUCCAUAUCAUCUCUAAUAAAUUCUAUUAGAUCAAAUGGUUCAAUGGAAGUGUCUAAUUAUGAAAUAAUAUUUCCAUCUCAUACUACUGAUAUCGCGUUCAUCAUCUAUCAGUUAGUGCUGAGAAAGCUUCAUGGUACAUCAUUAGAACACAUCAUUUAUCAUUGGAGCGGCGCUGAAGUAUUUACGAAGUAUCAAAUGUCAAGGAUGAUUGCAGAGAAUUUUGGUCUGCACCAUAAUAUGAUUCCUUAUAAUUUACCAAGUUGUGGUGUUCCAAGACCAAGGAAUGUCCAUCUUAGCUGCGAGAGACUGCAAAACCUUGGUAUCCGACGCCAUACAAGAUUUGAAGAAGGCAUUCAAGAAUUUAGAAAGUUUUUUCAAUAAAACAUCAGCACUACUUAGGUUUUUUUUAUGUGACUAAAUUUGAGCUGUAUUCAUUUUAUAAAUGAUUGUGCUAUCUGCUCAGUUUGAUAUUCUUGUCAUUAACUAAUUUUUUAUAUUCAUUGUUGUGAACAUCAUUCCAGUAUUUUAUAUAUGGUAUUGACUGUAAAUAAAUAAAAUUUUACUGUUUAUUUUU